GCCAAAAGUAAAUUGUAAUAAACGUUUUUUGACGUAAAAGUAGGUUAUGAUAUAAAAAUAAUAACAACGGGUAAUUUAUAGACCUUGCAUUAAAUUGGAUUAAGUUAAAGCUAUGGCAGGUGAUAAAAAACGUAGGUCUAGAAGUAGGGAACGUACAGAUAAAGAAAGGGACAAGAGAGUAAAAAGGUCCAGGUCCAGGAGUAAAGAGAGAAGAGAUAAAAGACACAGGUCGCGUUCCAGGGAAAAAGAUAAAACCGACUUAAAUAAAUAUGGUAGAAAUGAUCGUGAUAAAUAUGUUAAUUCAGAACGAGACAAAAAAGGUGAUAGGUUGGAUAAAAGGGAUGAUAAAGAUAGGAAAAGUGGUAGUAGUAGCGGUAAGGAUGUUAAACCUGAAACUGAGGAAAGUAAGGUCAAGGUAGAGACUAAGCCACAGCUUAAAAAGGAAACUAAAAAGGAGCCAUUGUCGCUGGAGGAGUUGCUGGACAAAAAAAAGGCAGAGGAGGCAGCAAAAAGCAAGCCUGUAUUUUUGACUAAAGAGCAAAGAGCAGCAGAAGCAUUAAAACGUAGACAGGAAGAAGUGGAUAAACAAAGAAAACAACGCGAAAUGGACAAGAAAAUCGUGGAAACAAUGCAAUCUUCUCGAGUGGAAGAAACGAGAAAGGACGACAGAGAAUUCAGAAGGCCCAGAGACAGAGAUAAGGAGGAGGAAAAGCAGAAAGACAAGGACAAAGAAAAGGAAACUGACGCGAUCAAGGAGAGGUACUUGGGGUUGAUUAAGAAGAAGAGGAGGGUGAGGAGGUUGAACGACAGGAAGUUCGUCUUCGACUGGGACGCCGGCGAGGACACCUCGCUGGAUUACAAUUCUCUGUACAAGGAGAAGCACCAGGUGCAAUUCUUCGGGCGCGGAAACUUGGCGGGCAUCGAUAUCAAGGCUCAGAAGAGGGACCAGAGCAAGUUUUACGGCGAGCUGCUGGAGAAACGCAGGACCGAGGCCGAGAAGGCGCAGGAAAAGGUGAGGCUGAAGAAGGUGCGCAGGAAGGAGGAGAAGCAGCUGUGGGACGAUCGCCAUUGGUCGGAGAAGGAGGCGCCGGAAAUGACGGAGAGGGAUUGGCGUAUAUUCCGGGAGGAUUACAAUAUCACGAUCAAAGGCGGCAGGAUUCCGAAUCCGGUUAGAAGCUGGAAGGAGUCCGGUAUCCAGAAGGAGUUGCUCGAGAUUGUCGAGCAGGUAGGUUACAAGGAGCCCACGCCCAUCCAGAGGCAGGCCAUCCCGAUCGGUAUGCAGAACCGCGACAUCAUCGGCGUGGCGGAAACCGGUUCCGGUAAGACGUUGGCCUUCCUGUUUCCGCUGCUGUCCUGGAUCCAGAGCCUGCCGAAAAUCGAGCGUACCGAGGACGCCGAUCAGGGUCCGUACGCGAUCAUUCUGGCGCCCACUCGCGAGCUCGCGCAGCAAAUCGAGGAGGAGACGGUCAAGUUCGGUCAGCCGCUCGGCAUCAGGACCGUGGUCGUGGUGGGCGGUUUGAGCAGGGAGGAGCAGGGUUUCAGGCUGCGGAUGGGCUGCGAGAUCGUCAUAGCGACGCCCGGUCGUCUCAUCGACGUGCUGGAAAACAGGUAUCUGGUGCUGAACCAGUGCACGUACAUCGUCAUGGACGAGGCCGAUCGCAUGAUCGAUUUGGGCUUCGAGCCCGACGUGCAGAAGAUUUUGGAGUACAUGCCCGUCACGAACCUCAAACCGGACAACGAGGACGCCGAGGAUAGCAAGGUCUUGCUGGCGAACUACAACAGCAAGAAGAAGUUCAGGCAGACCGUCAUGUUCACGGCUACCAUGCCGCCGGCGGUGGAAAGACUCGCCCGGACGUACUUAAGGAGGCCCGCCGUGGUCUACAUCGGUUCCAUCGGCAAACCGGUCGAGAGGGUGGAGCAGAUCGUGCACAUCAUGGGCGAGAACGACAAACGCAAGAAGCUCAUGGAGUACCUGUCCAAAGGGGUCGAUCCUCCCAUCAUCAUCUUCGUCAACCAGAAGAAGGGCGCCGACGUUCUGGCCAAGGGGCUCGAGAAGCUGGGUUACAACGCUUGCACCCUGCACGGUGGCAAAGGGCAGGAGCAAAGAGAGUACGCGCUGGCCAGUCUCAAGUCCGGGGCCAAGGACAUGCUGGUUGCCACCGAUGUCGCCGGUAGAGGUAUCGACAUCAAAGACGUUUCCAUGGUUAUUAACUACGAUAUGGCUAAAACAAUUGAAGAUUACACCCAUCGUAUUGGUAGAACUGGUCGUGCUGGUAAAACUGGUAUCGCAGUUAGUUUUUGCACCAACGACGAUUCUCUCUUGUUCUACGAUUUGAAACAAAUGCUGCUGUCAUCGCCGGUUUCGACUUGCCCGCCUGAGUUGAUGAAUCACAGCGAAUGCCAAAACAAACCCGGAAGCGCCCCCAAGCGGCGCAGAGACGAAAUGAUUUUUGCUUAGGUUAAGUUUUAAUUAUGUUUAGUUUUUAUUAAUAAAUUUAGUACCCAUACA